AUGACGGCUGUCGAAUCAUCCAUCUACUUCCUUGAGCGCAGCGAGCUCUGGAAGACGGAGAAACCAUUUGUCCUGGAUUAUGUACCCGAACCCCCUGCGGUCAAAUCCAAUGCAUCUGUAGCAGACAAGCCAGUAGUGAUCGAGGAUAUCCGGGGCCGCGAGAGUCAAUUCACCUAUGCCGAGAACGGGUUCUGCCUUCUUCCUCUCGAUCAUGGCAUGGAACCGGCCGACUUUGACGACGAUGCAAAGGUCAGGGAUGUCUACUUGCGCAACGUCGGGGACGCGCUCAAGACGACUCUGAGGGCAAGCCGUGUUCAGAUUUACGAUUACAUCGUUCGGAAACGCGAAGCCCAAUUUCCCCUAAGCACGGGAAAGUUCUAUUCACACAAGCAACCCUCAUCCAUCGCGCAUGUUGACACGACACCAACCUACAUGGAAGAGAUGCUGGACACGCUGAACCCAACUGAAGCCGACCGUCUCAGGGUGGGCCGGUACCAGUCCGUAAAUGUGUGGAAACCCCUCCGUGGGCCCAUCCGGGACUGGCCUCUCGCUCUCUGCGACCCUAGGUCUGUCGAUACUAGCGAGCUACAGGCUCGUGACACGGUGAGGAGGGACAGCUACAUCGAGACGUACCAGAUGCACUGGAACCAGAACCAGAAAUGGUACUACGUCCGUGACCAAAUGCCCAACGAAGCUUGGGUAUUCUUGCAGGGUGAAGUCUCCGAGACUGGCGGCAGUAUGUUGGGAGUUCCCCAUACUUCGUUUCCGAACUCCCUGGCUUCGGCCGAUGACUUGCCCCGCGAGAGCAUUGAGGUUCGAGCAUUUGUGUAUUAUGAGGACUAG